AUGGACAAUGUAUAUAGGGGAGACAGAAAUGACAGAAACGAUAGGAACGACAGAAACGACAGAAACGACAGAAGAGGUAACAAUGCAUCCAAGCAGGACAGACCCAAGAAGGAAGCCAUCUUGGAUUUGAAAAAGUACUACAAUCAGAAAGUGGUGGCCAAGUUCAUUGGUGGAAGACAGGUGGUAGGUAUUUUGAAGGGAUACGACCAGUUGAUGAAUUUGGUUUUGGAAGAGGUGGUGGAACAGCUCCGUGACGAGGACGACGAGUCGAUUUUGACAGAGAAUACCCGGGAAUUGGGCACGGUGGUGGUGAGGGGCCCUCAAUUGUUGAUGCUUUCACCAUUGGAGGGCACGGAGAGCAUUUCCAACCCGUUUGUUGUGCAGCAGCAAUAA